UACAUUAAUCUCCUUGACAUUCGAUUUGGCGCCAAUUUCAGUUGUUUGAACGGAGUCCUAGUGCGCGGUCCAGUCCUUGCAAGAGAUGUCCAGAAGAAGGGACACUACAGAUAAUAGCGACGAGAUAGUGGACGGCUUCGGAGAUGCCCAGAACGUCAAUGAGUCAAACCCUUACCACUCCAGCGAAAGCGAGGGAGAAGAUCUCUUUGGAGAAAAUAUGAUGGAUGACUACAAGUCACUGGAAGAUCUUGAUUAUUAUGAAGUGGACUCUGAAGCAGAAGAGGAAGCGGCCGAAGCUUCACUAGAUAUAAGUACACGAAGACAAGCAGAAAGAAAGAUGGAAGAAAGAGAUAGCUUAAAAAACUUAACAGGAGACAAACUGAAAGGCUCUAGACAUCUGGACAAUUUGGAACGCUUCCAAAGCAUCUUUGAUAAAUACUCCAAACACCAAGAACGUUUGGAAGAAGAUUCUAUAAGUUCUUCAGAACCUCUAGAAAACAAAAGAAAUCUAAGCGAAAGUGGGAAACUGAUUGACGAAAAAAUUUUUGAUGAAGACGAUGCAGAAGCUGAUAUGGAAACAUUCACAUUUGAAGAUGACAUGGGAUGUUUGCAGGAAUGGCUUAAGAUGGAGAAGCCGCGCAAAGCUAUCAAGAGAAGAUUUCUCAGUCUUUUGAAAGCAUGCGUCGACGAAAAUACCGGUGCCCAAUAUUACUACCAAAAAUUGCGUUCAAUGUGUGCCCAGAACGGCCAGAGUCUCAUAGUAAGCUAUCGACAUUUUUACAGUAAUGAUCCAAUGCUAGCCGUAUGGCUUGCGGAGUCUCCUACUGAAAUUCUAGCAUUAUUCAAUGAGGUGGCAACAGAACUAACUUUCAAGAUUUUCCCCCAAUAUCGAUUUAUUCAGCCCGAAAUCUUUGUGAGGAUUUCCGAUAUGCCCAUAUGUGAUAGCUUAAGAGAUAUUCGUCAGCUUCAUCUCAACUGCUUGAUAAAGGUAUCAGGUGUCGUUACUCGGAGGACAGGGGUAUUUCCUCAGCUGAAAUUGGUAAAAUUGGACUGUUCGAAAUGUGGUUGUGUAGUGACUCCGAUAUUUUCAUCAUCGAACAAAUAUCCCGAAAAAAUGGUGUCCUUUUGUCCAAGAUGCGAGUCAAAGGGGCCUUUUACUAUAAAUUCUGAACAGACAUAUUAUGGCAAUUUCCAAAAGAUGACUCUACAAGAGAGCCCAGGUACAGUCCCUGCAGGUCGUUUGCCGCGAUAUAAAGAAGUCAUCUUGCUUGGAGACUUAAUUGACUCUGCACGCCCAGGCGAUGAAGUUGAAGUAACUGGCAUUUACAAGCAUAGUUUGAAUGCUGCUUUAAACGUGAAAAACGGAUUUCCUGUCUUUGCCACCAUCAUUGAGGCCAAUUAUGUUCGAAAGACUGAAAAUUUUCGUUCUGAAGUCGAACUUACAGAUGAUGACAUUUCCGACAUUCACAAGUUAGCUGAAGAUCCUUCGAUAAGUGAUCGCAUCGUGGCAUCGAUAGCGCCAUCCAUUUUUGGACAUGAAAACAUUAAACUUGCCUUAGCACUUGCGUUAUUUGGUGGGCAGUCCAAAGAAGUUGGUCAACGCCAUCGGAUACGUGGAGACAUCAACGUUCUUCUACUGGGUGACCCAGGCACUGCGAAGUCGCAAUUUUUAAAGUAUGUUGAGAAAACUGCACAUCGAGCUAUUUAUACCACUGGAAAGGGUGCUUCGGCUGUGGGCUUAACGGCUGCAGUUCAUAAGGAUCCAGUAACUCGAGAAUGGACUUUGGAGGGUGGCGCUCUUGUCUUAUCAGAUAGAGGAGUUUGUUUGAUUGACGAAUUUGACAAAAUGAAUGAUCAAGAUCGCACCUCUAUUCAUGAAGCAAUGGAACAACAGAGCAUUUCGAUAUCAAAGGCUGGAAUUGUUACAACCCUUCAAGCUCGUUGUUCUGUAAUAGCUGCAGCGAACCCUUUAAAAGGUCGUUAUGAUCAAUCAGUAUCGUUUUACGAAAAUGUUGAUUUGAGUGAGCCCAUAUUGUCUCGUUUUGAUGUUCUUUGUGUUGUCAAGGAUGUUUGCGAUCCCGUACAGGAUGAGGUUCUUGGAAAAUUCGUCGUCAAUUCGCACUUCCAUUCGCAUCCAGGAGAUUCGUACAAAAAGACAACGAAGAACGAAAUGGGUUCUUCAGAAAAUUCGAAGGGUACUCGUUUGAUACCACAAGAAACUCUGAAGAAGUAUAUUUUAUAUGCCAGAAAAUUUGUCAAUCCAAAGCUAAAUCAUAUUGAUCAGAAUAAACUCGAGAGACUUUACAUCGAACUUCGAAAGGAAUCGAUGGGCAGUGGAGGACUUCCUAUUGCAGUUCGGCAUCUCGAAUCCAUUAUUCGGCUCGCAGAAGCGCAUGCUCGUCUACAUCUACGUGAUUACGUUAAGGACGAAGACUUGAACAGAGCUAUUGGUGUUAUUCUGGAGUCUUUCUUCUCAGCACAAAAGUAUUCGGUCAUGCGUAGUCUUCGAAGAACUUUCAGUAGAUACCUUGGUUUUCAAAAGGACAAAAAUGAACUCUUGCUGCAUUUACUUGGCACUAUUUUUCAUGAGUACGCCUUGUCUUUUGAAAGUAAGUCCGAAUGGGAAGAACCAUCAGACUACAUGGAAAUUGACGUGAGAGAUUUCGAGAGUCGCGCUAGUGAGUUGGGCGUUCAAACCUGCAAAUAUUUCUAUCAGAGUGCUCUGUUCUCUAACAACGGAUUUUCUAUAGAUUUAGAUCAAAGACGCAUUCGAAAGAGACUGUAGAAAAUUCAUUCUUCAUUUGGGAAUUUUGUGAUUCCUGCAAUAAACGAAAACCUGUGGAA